AGUACGAUGAUUUUUUUCCUACACCAACCAAUUGAAAUUCCCCUGUUUCAACUUCCAUCUUCUUCAAACGUUGGAGCCACCAUAGAAUCACACUUCUACACUAACAAGGUUAGUCAUGGAAACUGUUGAGUAGUAAUUUCUUCCCCAUUUUCACUGAUUUCCCCAUCUCUACUUAUCACCAUGUAAGAAGUACAUUUCUAUUUCUCUCUUUUCCUUUAAUUUUCUUGCUUCCUUUCCUAUUCCCUGUAAAUAGCCACCAUCAUCUUUUGUUUUCUCUUUAUCAAACCCUCAGAGAAAAAAAAAAUAGACAGCUUCCUCAAAAAGACCCUAUUCAUGAGAUAGUUGUAGGGUUUCUAAGAAACAACAAGUUGAACAAGUACUGUGGACGAACUCUAAGCGGACAGCGAUUAGAGAGUAUGAAAUAAAACUCUUACCAACUAAUGGAGAAAGGGCCUGUGAAAUUUUGCACAAUAUUAGAUUUCAUGGUUGGGAACAUUUUGUGGAACAUCCAGGGGAGUAUGAUACAGAUAUCGUCAGUGAAUUAUAUGCUAACAUCAACAAAGACGCGAAAAUCUCGAUGCAAGGUAAGAAAAUUCCUUUCAAUCCUAAAGUUCUGAAUGAGAUAUUCUCUUUGAAGGAUAUUGAUGAUGAAGAUGUUAAAAUUAAGAUUAAACAAAAAGAUGAGCAUUUCUUUAAGGAAGCUCUGAAAGCUAUUUGUCCAAAUGGUGUAAGGAUCAAUACAGGGUCACCAAGGAAACCUUUGCACAUAUCUAGUUCCUGUAUACUCGAAACGGCACGACCAUGUGGAAAAUUUACUUCUUUGAUCUUGAGGCUUAGCGGAAGGGCAAGACAAAAGAGUGAUUGUUGGUGUUUGCUGUUCGGCCAUCCAGAGUUCUAGGUUAGGUUUGCUUCUAUCUCCCGUGGCUGAUAGUCACCAUCAGCAUAGCAUCGAGUUUCCAGGGUGAGCACGAGUCGUUCGCUGCCUUAAAGACUCCUCUUAUUAUUAUGUCUUACUUUCUACUCUGAGACAUAGACAAAUUGAUGUAUUACUAUAUUCCAGACUUGUAUAAUUUCACUUAGAUGCUCUUGUAUGGCUUAGACCAGACCUUGGGGGUAUUUUCCUUAUUUCCGCACUAUUUCUAUUAUAUAUUAUUGUGAGACUUACGUAAUUAUUCUU